UUUCAGUGUGAACGUAGCAUAACCGGCGUUCCUUAAUCAGUCACCGUUUUUUUCGAGGAUGUAAAGGGUUCGUCAUUUCCAUAAGGUUUAAACUUAAAUGAAAUUUUGUGGGCGUCCCUAUAAAAUUGUAAAUGAAUCGUGUCAUACUAUUCUUUUACCAGUGAAUACCUUUUCAUUAAAAAUUAGCUGAUAUUGGAAAACACCUCAUCCCUUGAAAUGGCUUGGAGAUUUAAAGCUUCCAAAUACAAAAAUGCAGCUCCAAUUGUACCGAAACCCGAAACAUAUGUUCGAGAUAUAUGUGUUGGUUCUUAUCAAACUUAUGGAAAUACGAUCACAGCAUCUGCCAAAUUUAUGGCAUUUAAUUGGGACCAUGCUGGAUCAAGUCUCGCGGUACUGCCCAUCGAUGACUGCGGGAGAAAAAGUAAACUCAUGCCGCUAUUGCAUGCACACUCGGACACAGUUACCGACAUGCAAUUUUCACCAUUCCACGAUGGCCUACUAGCGACUGGUUCACAAGACUGCUUAGUUAAAAUAUGGCACAUUCCAGAGGCGGGACUACAAGAAUCGCUCAGUAAUUCUGAAUGCACAUUCUCUCACAAACAAAGACGGGUUGAAGGGGUUGGAUUUCAUCCGACCGCCGAUUUCCUUCUCCAUUCCACUUCGUAUACCACGUUAACCUUGUGGGACUUGAUAUCGCAGCAAGACUUCUUUACCAACAGUGAUCAUACCGAUAUAAUUCAAUCUACCAGCUGGAAAAAGGACGGCAGUCUAAUAGUCACCUCGUGUAAAGAUAAGCAAGUUCGUAUAAUCGAUCCUAGAGUAGAAACCUCCUGUGUGAAGUCGGCGAAUAGUCACCAGAGUAUUAAAGAUUCGCGGGUGGUUUGGUUGGGGGACCAUGACAAGAUAUUGACCACUGGUUUCGAUGCAUCCAGAUUAAGGCAGGUUAUUGUUCGCGAUUUAAGAAACUUUUCCAACCCGGAGAAGACACUGGAACUGGAUUGCUCGACUGGAAUAUUAAUUCCUUUGUAUGAUCCUGACACUGGCAUGCUAUUUUUGGCAGGGAAAGGUGAUACUACAAUUUCCUACAUGGAAAUAUCGGAUAAAGAGCCUUACCUAAUAGAAGGUCUGCGUCACACUGGAGAGCAAACGAAAGGUGCCUGUUUAGUGCCAAAGCGUGCUUUGAACGUUAUGCAAGGGGAAGUCAAUCGAGUUCUGCAGCUAACCAGCGGAUCGGUUAUACCAAUCACUUACCAAGUGCCACGAAAAACUUACAGGGAUUUUCACGCCGAUUUAUACCCGGACACGACAGGGUAUGUUUCGGAUCUUACCGCUGCCGCCUGGUUCCAGGGUAAAAACAUUCCAGUUGCUAAAAUUAGUUUAGAUCCAGCUAAACGGCCUAAUGGAGAGGCUCCUAUUACGGUGCAUAGAGGUCCAUUAAGCAAAUUAAAAGAAGCAAUGGAAAACUCUCAGAACAGCAUUGAAACGCAACACCAUUCCAAAGUAACACAGCCAAAAGUAACUAGCGCAAUAGUCAAAAACGACUUUGUGCCUAUUAAGGCAAAGAUUAGUAACUUAGAAAAGGACAAUUUUAAAGAGAACUCUUCCAAACACAAGCCAAUGCCUAGUGACAAAGCGAAAAGCGACAGCGCACAUAUUUCCGACAAUAAGAUUAGCGAGUAUAAUAAAAUUAAUAGCAACGAGUUCAGUACAGCAGAAAAAUCGGAAUUAGAAAAUGGGAUUCACAUUGUCCCACCGAAACCAAUGCCAAGGACCUCGAGAACUGGAUCGAUUUGUGAAGUUAUAGAAGACAGUAGCACAACACCGAAACCUGUGGCGCGACCAAGGACAAAUAGCUGUGCUCCGAUUAUAACUGCUGUUAAUCCUAAUUUACCCAUCGUUGGAGGUUACAAGCCUCGUCUAGGUCCAAAACCAUUCACACCUCCUAAACUAAACGAAAGCGAGAGCUUCGACAAAGUGUUCUGUGUUCCACCAGUACCGAGUGGUAAGGCUCAAAAUGGUGUUCACGAAAAUGACAUAUCAAAUUCUGAAAUUAGAGAAGAUGUUGAAGGUACGACGCAGGCGUGUGAAGACAAUUUGCAUAAACUAGAAUUAAGCGCAGAAGAUGAAAAUGGUGGCGAGGCAGAGGUGAAAACGCCUACAACUGCAGAACGAAGAAAAUUAUUUGAACCCAAGCACGAGGAAGAGGAGCUCAAAGUUGAAGACAAUCACGAGGAAGACUCCUCCAGAGAGACACCUAGAACACCCACCACUGCAGAACGACGAAAAAUGUUCGAGACACGCAAUGACUCCAAAGAGAAUGACCCCGAAGAUAAUUUUGACGGAAAUGAUCUAGGCGGUAAUUUUGAAAGAGCGUCUGCUCAAAGAACCAGCAUCGCGGAGCGGCGGAAGAUGUACGAGAAUCGCUCGCUGUCGGUAAAGGAGACGAACAGUGACAAAAUGGCGGCCUCUCCGAUAUUAUUAAGGCGUAAGGGUUCAUUUAAAAAUCAGAAGGACGAUGAGUCUGAAGAAAAUCGGAAAAAUUCGCAGAUUGUUAAGCAGCAAUCUUUGGAUCCUCAGAUGGGGAAGAAGGUUGAACCGCUUGCUGUCCCUGCACCAACACCGAAACGUACAUCUACCGUCUUUGGGCGAGUUUCCAAAUUUCGUCUCCUGAAAGGAACACCGGCGCACAAGUCUCAACAUAUCGAAAACAUAAGGAACGUUAGCAGGCAGAUUCCAGGAGAAUGUGAUGGAUUUCAAGCUAACCCCGAGCGGGUUGCCGUGCCGUUAAGUGGACCCGGUGGUAAAAUUGCGAUAUUCGAGUUGAGCAAAAGAGGCAAGUUGCCAGAUGGCGUUAUACCGGCUUUAGUACACGGCAGCAACGUCAUGGAUUUCUAUUGGGAUCCGUUUGACAACAGUCGCCUGGCGGUGGCUUGCGAUGAUGGCAUGAUUAAACUGUGGCGUAUCGCGGAGAGCGGUUUAAGUGAACCUAUUAAUACACCUGAAGAGGAGUUUAGUGCGCAUUCGGAUAAAAUUUAUUUUAUUAAGUUUCAUCCUUUGGCGCAAAAUGUAUUAGCGUCAGGGUCGUACGAUAUGACGGUUAGGAUUUGGAAUUUGAGCAAUACAAGUGAAAACAUUGUGCUUGAGGGACAUACCGAGCAUAUUUUUAGUUUUGCGUGGUCGCCUUGCGGGGUUUAUUGUGCCACGGUCAGCAAAGAUGGUAAAAUUAGAAUUUAUAAUCCAAGAAAGGGUACUUCGCCUAUUUACACUGGAAAGGGACCCGUGGGUAGUAGAGGUGCGCGUGUUGUGUGGGCUCUUGAAGGCAGUUGUAUUGUUGUGACCGGAUUUGAUAAAGUGUCUGAAAGGCAAAUAAUGGUUUAUAAGGCAAAUGACCUAAGUGCUCCACUUAACACAGUUGGGUUGGACGUUUCUCCCGCCAUUCUGAUGCCUUUUUACGAUGAAGACAGUUCUACCCUGUUCCUAACUGGUAAAGGUGAUUCUACAAUCUACGCGUACGAAGUCACGGAAGAAGCGCCAUAUAUUUGCCCAUUAAGCCACCAUCGAUGCAGUACACUACAUCAGGGAUUGUCAUUUUUACCAAAGAACGAAUGUGACGUGAGUAACGUUGAAUUCGCCAAAGCUUUGAGGUUGACAAAUAACACAAUCGAACCCCUAUCUUUCACUGUUCCUCGCAUUAAGAUGGAGCUAUUCCAAGAUGAUCUUUUCCCACCAACAAUAGUGACUUGGAAACCCACACUUAGUAGUUCAGAGUGGUUUGCGGGGCGGAAUAAGGAACCUUUAAGAGUUAGUUUGAAACCCGAAGGCAUGGAUUUAUUGUCAGAUGUGCAAGCGUCUGCAUCCGAUAAAACAAAUAAGUCAUCAGAAAGCUUCACGGCGCCUGCUAUCGGUCGUUUAGGAUGGGGGCCGGACUUGACUGGGCAAGUUAAAACAAAACAGGAUGAGAUUCAGAAGUCCGUAAGUAGCCGUCUUGAAGUUAAUAUGACAUUGGAACAGGACAAUAUGGAAGGAGUGGACGAGAAAGAGUGGGAUGAGUGAACUAAUCAGGCCUUAGAAUAAUUUUUAAAUUGGCAACAAAAUUCCAAGUUUUUGUGUUUUUAAUUACUCAUAAUUGAGGUGUAAAGGGCCAUUUUCAAUUAAGCAUAAUAUCAUUUGCAUCUAGUCCUUUGAUAAAGUGCUUUAGUUAAAUAUUGUUUGUACAUGAUAUUUGCUGUGUUCGUUACAUGUAGGUUUUAUAUUUAUUGCAUAUUGUAUUUAUAUUGAUAUUCUUUUUUAUGUACAACAUUUAUUUAUUACUUUUCUGUUUUUUUGGAGAUGAUGUGAUCAGUACUGGUCAUUACUUUCAGUUGAAAGCACAGUAUAAAUGCUUAUCAUUCGGCUUUCCUGCUUACUCCAAAAUGAGCAUGAAUAGAUUGAUGAAGAACAUUAUUAUUAGUAGAAAUCAUUUUUUCUAAAAUGUGCACGACUUAUGAAUUGUUCCAUACUACCUUAGUCGCAGUUAUUGGACUUGUUAAAUAAAACGCUGACGUUUUUCCUGGCGAACUAGUUUUUAAUUGUGUUUUCUAAGGCGAUUGAUUUCGUGUUAAGAGCCAUCAUCAGACCAAGCUGUGAUUUGUAUAAUAAUACAUUUAUAACGGUACGCCGUGAAUGUGACGCUUGAGGGUAUACCGUAUUAAUAAAUGUAACUUCAAUGUAACAUAUUACGCAAAUUACAGCUAGGCAUGAUGAUGGGUUAUUACCUGAAAUAGAUCACCACAGAAAAUACGAAUAAAAACUAGAUUUCCAGAAAAAACGUCUGCGUUUUAUUUAACAAUUUCCCCAAUUGAAAUGCUAGUCAAAGAUUCUUGAGUCAAUAUUUAUUGUGUUGCAACCAAUCUUUAGAUAUAAUUUAAAUGGUAAAAUUAUAUUAGUGAACUAAGAACAAAUAAAACUGCCUGCUUCCUCUAGCUAGAAUAAUGUUCUUUGUCAUUAAUCUAUGUCUAUUCCCCUACUUCUGUGAUAAAAAAUUUGCUUCACAAAAAAGACUGUCCCGACAGCAUCAUCAGUUUUAAGGAACCAUAGAGGUAAAAGAAAUUGCUUCCUGUAAUUUAAUAUCUACUCAUUUUUGACUUGGAGAAGUGUAACUUGCUCAAGAAUAAGUUAUUUUCAUCUGUGAUUGUGACAGUUUUUAUUGGAAUUUUUGUGUAAUUUUCAUGACAUUUUAGAUAUUUUUGUAGGCAUUUGUAAUUAAAAAUGUAAGUCACAAACUAUUGUAAACGUUGAUCUCAAGUGAAGUCUUGCUCAUUUUCGUAAAACUGCUAAUUUUUAUAUUUCAUGUAUACAACAAAGUUAUAUUAUUAAAGCUUGCCAAUGCGAUGGUAAUGGAACAUACACUUAGCUUUCAACAUAUUUGUAUUACAUCUGUGGGUAUGUAUUGUUUAUUUUUUUGGUUAUAGUAUGAGUAAAAUGUAAGUGUAAAACUAUCGCUGAUGUGUGACAAUGUAGGUUUAAUAUUUUAUUGUAUACUCAUAAUUGCUAUGUAUUGCCAUAAUAUUACAUAUUUGUAGCUGAUUACACAGACUUAGAAUUUC